GUUGAUCCUCUCUCAUCUCCUCUGGGGAUAGCUGCUGGAAAAGGUCACACAGAGAUUGUGGAGAAACUGAUAGCAGCUGGAGCUGUCAUCAACUACCAGAACAAGAAUGGUGGUACUCCACUCUAUGCUGCCUGUUAUUAUGGACACAAGCAGACAGUUGACGUUCUGUUGAAGAAUGGAGCAAAUGUUAAUCUGACCACUACAGUUGAUCUUCUCUCAUCUCCUCUGGGGAAAGCUGCUGGAAAAGGUCACACAGAGAUUGUGGAGAAACUGAUAUCAGCUGGAGCUGUCAUCAACUACCAGAACAAGGAUGGUGCUACUCCACUCUAUAUGGCCUGUCAGAAUGGACACAAGCAGACAGUUGAUGUUCUGUUGAAGAAUGGAGCAAAUGUUAAUCUGACCAAGACAGUGAGUUUAAUUAAAACCCUUUGUGCACAUGGACAGAGAGGGUUAUUGUACUAUGUCUGGAGUGUGUGUAUGUAUCUCCUUCUCUCUGUUACCCCACAAUGUGCA